GUUUCCUCUUCCUUGCAUUUGAUAUUUGCAAUAUUUUUUUUUGUUGUUUGCUUGCUUGCUUGCUGAAGAAGCAUACGGGUUGACAGCUGGACGGCUCAUCGAAAAGAGGCUCCUCUCAUUUCUGGAAAAGGGGGUUUGCAAACCCCAGAAUGUACGCUCAAGGUCGCCACUCUUCUGGCCAGCCGUUCAAAUUCUCCGUUUUGGAAAUCUGCGACCGGAUUAAAGAAGAAUUCCAGUUUCUCCAAGCCCAAUAUCACAGCCUGAAGCUGGAAUGCGAGAAGUUAGCGAGCGAGAAGACAGAGAUGCAGAGACAUUAUGUGAUGUAUUACGAAAUGUCGUACGGGCUGAAUAUUGAAAUGCACAAGCAGGCUGAGAUCGUUAAACGGUUAAGCGCCAUCUGUGCUCAGAUCAUCCCUUUUCUCACCCAAGAGCACCAACAACAGGUCUUGCAAGCUAUGGAUCGGGCCAAGCAGGUCACCAUGGGGGAGCUGAACAGUGUUAUUGGGCAGCAGCAGCUCCAGCACCUCUCCCACCAUGCCCCGCCCAUCCCCUUGGCCCCUCACCCUUCGGGCUCUCAGACGCCCAGCCUGGCGGCCGUCAGCAGCGCCUCGGGGCUUCUGGCGCUCUCUGGGGUUCUGGCCGCCCAGGCCACGCUGGAGGCAAAGGACCACCGAGGCACGCAGGAGUCUGAAAAUAAUCGAGAACCUACGUCUAGCCGGAGCAACUCAGCCUCUCCUCCUGAGAGUUUGCGUGAGGAGGAACCGCUGGACGGCGCUGGAGCGAAGCGCAAGCAAGACGGGAAAGAAGAGGCGGGACGCUACGAAAGUGAUGGGGAGAAAAGCGAUUACAACCUGGUGGUGGAUGAGGAUCCCCCGUCCGAGCACAGCAGCCCGGCCUGCACAUCUGCCGUCAAACUCCUGCCUGGCCGUCGGGAUAUUCCGGACAGCCCGGCUUCGCUGGCUUCCAGCCGGAGCGCCACCCCGCUCAAAGGAAAGGAACAGAACGCGAACGAUGCUAGCGCUGCUGUUUGUAAGCCGGCCAGCUUGUCUCCACCUCAUGGCUCCCUGACCCCGGGGCCGGGGCCGAGCUGCACCCACCAGAUCCAACAGAUCACCUCUAAACCAACUACUACAGACACCAUCACACUCCGAAGCCCACUCAGCUUGACAAGUUCCUACGCUUCCUCUUUUGGCCUCGUGCCCCAUGCGGCGCUCAACGGAGAACUCCCCGCGCCCAGCUCCUACGUCAGCAUCCACCUCUCCCCCCAGAUCGGCGGGACCGUGAUGUACGGACGCUCCCCGGUGGUUGCCUUUGAAACACAUCCGCAUUUGCGCGGCUCAGCCGUCUCUGCCUCCCUGCCUCCUGUUCCCGGCGGCAAGCCGGCAUACUCCUUCCAUGUGAGCGCCGACGGGCAGAUGCAGCCGGUCCCUUUCCCGCCCGACGCCCUCAUCGGCACCGGCAUCCCCCGGCACGCCCGCCAGCUCCACACCCUGAAUCACGGCGAGGUGGUCUGCGCCGUCACCAUCAGCAACUCCACCCAGCACGUCUACACGGGCGGAAAGGGAUGCGUGAAGGUGUGGGACGUGGCGCAGCCGGGCCCGAAAACCCCGGUGGCUCAGCUUGAUUGCCUGAACCGAGAGAACUACAUCCGGUCCUGUAAGCUCCUCCCGGACGGACGGAGCCUUAUCGUUGGCGGGGAAGCCAGCACCCUCUCCAUCUGGGACCUGGCGGCGCCAACACCCCGGAUCAAGGCGGAGCUGACCUCCUCGGCCCCCGCCUGCUACGCCUUGGCCAUCAGCCCGGACGCCAAGGUCUGCUUCUCCUGCUGCAGCGACGGCAACAUCGUGGUGUGGGACCUCCAGAACCAGACGAUGGUCAGGCAGUUCCAGGGCCACACCGAUGGCGCCAGCUGCAUCGACAUAUCCAACGACGGCACCAAACUCUGGACGGGGGGCUUGGACAACACCGUGCGGAGCUGGGACCUUCGGGAAGGCCGGCAGCUUCAGCAGCACGACUUCAGCUCCCAGAUUUUCUCCUUGGGGUACUGCCCCACUGGUGAGUGGCUGGCCGUUGGGAUGGAGAGCAGCAAUGUGGAGAUUCUCCAUGUCACGAAAUCUGAGAAGUAUCAACUCCAUCUUCACGAGAGCUGCGUCUUGUCCCUCAAGUUUGCCUCCUGUGGAAAAUGGUUUAUCAGCACCGGCAAGGAUAAUUUGCUGAACGCGUGGAGAACCCCAUAUGGGGCCAGCAUUUUCCAGUCCAAAGAAACGUCGUCGGUGCUCAGCUGCGACAUCUCCUCCAACGACAAAUUCAUCGUGACCGGGUCGGGGGACAAAAAAGCCACCGUUUACGAACUGGUCUACUGAAGAGGGAUGUUGCCGCCGCCGCCGGCAGGCUCGUGCUGUUUCUUCUUUUGGAAACGCUCGUACACACAAAUACACGCUCACUAGGGACACUGUUUCGGGACCCGCCCCAGCGCUGCUGUGGAAACACUCGGUGGACUUGAUGGGACUAAGGGGGCGCAACCCCCCCUUUUUCACACUGAUGAGAGCACGACUCUGCUGUUCUCCGGGGACCCCGAUUUUGAAGCCGGCUGGGGGAGGAAGUGACCCCUACCUUGUCUUUGGAACCUCAUGAGGACUAGAAACACACACACACACACACUACAGAUUCUCAGGAAGCUUUUUUUGGCACUCUUGCCUGCCCCUCGGCCUACACCUUGCAAGAGGGGUGGGGUGGAGGACGGUCUCCCCACCAUCUCCAUUUUGUUUUGGCCCAUUUGUCUAGAAGAGGGGAGGAAAUUGCCUCUCAGCUGGAAAGCUCCUCCCCCCUUGUGAUGGACAAGCCAAGGAGCCAACCAGCAGGGGGCUUCACCUCCCCGCCUCCCACUGUCUCCUCCCAGCAAAGACUUUUCCAGCGAUUCCUUUUUUUCUUCUUCUCCUUUAUGUGUGGAAAGUUGUAUAAAUCAGAACAAUUAAAUGUAUUUAAAGAA